UAAUGGAUGCGACAUUAAAUUAAACAAUUCAAAAUCACAGAUUCUGGUUUCGUGAAUCCUCCUUGAGAUCUCUGAAGAUGGAGAAGAAGCAAUCUCGCAGAUCGGAGAUCUCCUCUACACAAGCUGUUCUUCUCGGAGCUCUUGCCCCUGGCGUCAAUGCUCCGACGUGGAACACUCUGAAAUCGGCUUUCCUUUUGCUGGGUCUCGCUCUCACUUUCAUGCUCGCUUUAGCUUUCACCUCCAGUGAAUUCACGCUGCUUCUUCAUGUCGGCUUUCUCAUGAUAAUCGCCACUACCCUCUUCGUCCUUCUCAACUGGUUUCUUGCAGAGACAGGCCUUGUUCCAGUGGAAACACAGAUGCAGCAGAUGAACUUGGAACCGAAUGACCGAAGUAGAUGAGCAUACAUUAUAAAAAUCGCCGGUAUUUCUUAUUAUUCAGUACAACAAGUUACGGAAAUGGGACGAAAGAAGAGAUAAACUAAGAUGGAGGAUUGGUACUACAGAUGAUCCAUCUUCUCUCGGACAGGACUUGCAGCCGCUGACCAUUUACUCUUUCUUUA